GUGUUCACGGCGGGCUUCGGGUCUCGGCAACUUUGGCUCGAGCCCUUCCAUUUCUUGGCAUGUUGGCUGUAGGUAUCUUGAACAGCUCUCCUUAUUUCGAGUAAAUGUGGAGGGAGAACUCAUUGAGCAAUUGCUCGCCACUUGUCCGGUAUUAGAGAAAUUGGUUUUGGAAAAAGCUCGUGCUUUGAAAAGUUUGAGAGUUUCUGGCCAAUCACUGAAGUUGAAAUACUUGCGCAUAAGAUGUUGUGAGGAUCUUCAACUCGUCGAGAUUUAUGACACGAAUCUAGUGUCCUUCACUUACAAAGGAAUAGAAGAUGAAAUUCGAUGGUGUUUGGACGAGGUCCCCCGGCUGUCUGAGGUGUCCAUUGAAGGAUUUUUUGCGGAUCGAGUGGUUUUGAUCAUGUCUCUGCUUUCAAGUCUUUCUUGUCUGCGGAUUCUUAAGCUUUCCUUUUCUAUGCCAUCCCCGGAAAGACUAUGGAAUCAUCUACGUCGAGUGCCUAAAUUAACAAGCGUCAAGCAAUUGGAACUGAGAUUUGAGGUAUUUGGAGACUCGAGUCUACUUCCCUUGACUCCCGUGAUCGAGGCAUUUCCCUGCUUGCGGAGUUUCGUAGUAGAGUUGAUGUACCCGAUGGACAUGCUGUGCAGGCAGAGGGAACUGAAAAGAGUUGUUGGACCUCCACAUCGAUACCUAAAGGUGGUGGAAUUUCAUAACUAUUAUGGUCGAUCUUGUGAUCUUGAACUAGUGAAUUAUUUUAUCGACAAUGCCAUUGCUCUAGAGAAGUUAGUGGUGAAUCCUUGUGAAGAAGAAUUUGUCACGAGCGGGUUGAAAAAAGUGAAGGAACCUAGAGAACGUGCUCAGCAACAGCUCAAGGGAAACUUGCCUUCUAGAAUUGAGCUGGUGAUUAAUUAACGAAACCAGAGCAUCUUUCGUGCGGCAUCCAGAGAGCUGUUAUGGAUGGCUUUGAUUCUGCAACCUGAUCCUCUUCCCCUCUUUAAAGUUUUUUUUCGACUGCGGAUUUAUGUUUGUUUAUUAAUUAUUUGUUGCUCCUGAAUUAUAAAUUAUGUAAUGGCUCUUAUGCAUUUUUACCCAAUAUGGGAAGCAGCAAGGCCAUGAAUAAUGGAUGUUUCUGGUUUUUGGCUUAACUGCCUCUUGUGUGUUU